CAAAAAAAUAACUUACCCAACUUAUACUCCGUAUUCAAUAUUAGGCUUAAAUUAAAUGUUUUGCUGACUCGGGCAGUCUAUCACGCUUUCCAGAAGUAGAAGGCAAGGCAGAUGGAAUCGAUUUUUUCCCAUUCCAUGUCACCACAGUACGGAUGAUCCAUAUUUCCAUUGGAGAGAUACUUUUACCCUCAAUUUGAUGUGGCAAUGCAUUUAUAGGCAAUUAGUAGCUACGCCACUCUGGAAGUCACUUAUAUUCCCUUGAAGUGUAGGUAGGUUGUCAAAAGGGAACUCUGCAACGUUAAUAAGCAUAGAAAAAAUGGCACCGAUAUAAGUACCGGACUUUUGAUUUCCAAAAGUAUAAACAAUUUUACUUUUCCCAAAAAUAUGACCCCACACCAUACGACUCUUUUCUUACAAGAGUGACCCGAGGCCCCUUUUCUUACUUUGCGCUGGAUCGAUGGAACACACGAACAGAAGACCUCCAGCCGUUGCCAUAGCUCUCCGCAGAUGGAUCCUCACGAAUCUCCGACGAAUCUCGCCGCCACCAUCGCCUCCAACGAAUCUCGCCGCCACCAUCGCUCUCCGCAGAUGGAUCCUCAUUUAGCCAUGCCAUUCACGCCAUAUCACUAGAGGAGUGCUGCCAUCGCCAAUCCAGGGCUGAAGGAGUGCCGCCAUCGCCGCUUAAGGGGUCCGCUGUCUCCAAUUCAGCCCUCGCCAGUCUCUGUCACCGCUUCAGGGGUCCGCUGUCUCCGAUUCAGCCCUCGCCAGUCUCUGUCGCCGCUUCAGAUCUCGCCGGUCUUCAUCGCCGCCUCACCAGUCAUCGACCUCCUGUGGUUCAAAUCUGGUUCAGAUCCGGCGACGAUUUUGUGCUGCUGGCCGGCGAAGAGGGUAAAAACCGAGCAGAUCGAGUUAUUAAGAGUGACUAGGGUCCGCUGGUGGGGAUGGGGGUGGUUGCUGUGCACUGGUGGGGUAGGGUGAGAUGUUGUAGGUUGGUGGGGCAGUGGAAGGGGGCUAGGGAUCGGGAGUGGGGCUGGGGAGCUGGUGUGUAUGACUGGGGGCAGAUCAAGGAAAAUGGCGGUGGGGUAGGGACUCGGUGCUGUGGUCACCGGCGGGGAGGUCGUGAGGUCGUGGUAACUGAUUGGAGGGCUGAGGGUGGAGUAAUUUUGUCACUAUGGGUGUCUGCGGCGGUUGCCGGUGGAUAGUCACCGUGGCCGGAGUCACUUUAACGCCGCAGAGUCACUAUUGAUGGCGACAGAAGUCACUGCCCGGUGGGCACGCAGUCACCCUAACUGGAGUCACUGUGGCCGGUGAUCGGUGGUCACUAUGGCUGGUAGGCGGGACUGCGGGAGUCACCAUGGCCGGAGCAAGUCACAGAACGGCGGUCACUAUGGCCGGAGCAAGUCACUGGGCGGCAGUCACUAUGGCCGGAGCAAGUCACUGGGCGGCAGUCACUAUGGUCAGAGCAAGUCACUGGGCGAUGGUUCGGCAAGACUGCCGGCGGUGCCGGUGAUAACCGUGGCGGUUGAGAAACUCUUUCCUAUUUUUAAUUUUUUUUUCAGUAUUAAAGUUCAUUUAUGGCCUUUUAGUUAUACAUGGUUUAAAAUGGAUGGGUGUGCAACGGUUGGA